UGCAAUCGCACUCUGUCUUUCGCUUCGGAGCCAACCAGUUGUGUUCUAGCUUUCAGACUGAGAGUGUAACUACAAGCCUUUGUGAAGUGACAGCGUCUUGUGUUGGUGUUAAGGCACUUCAGCAAGGUCGCGAGCUUCCCGAGGAGCCUGAGCUAUAAGCUCUCAACUGCUGUUUUUACAGCAAAAAUUUCCCAAGCUUCCCAGCUUUUUGUCUGUUGCGAUUUGGGCUGGUUCCUCCGUUGUGUUCGGGGAGUGGUGUACCCGAACACAUCGUGACACUCCCUGUGUGCUUCAGCACAAGUGAGCUGAGCAUUUCCCUUCUAAAAGAGCUUCACAGACGAACCCUGCGUCUUUUUCAAGAUGUCAUUUCGUCUGUACUUUACUGGAUGCGGUCGCUCAUUGGUCCCCGCUGACGGUCACAAUUGCUGCAUCACGUGCCUGGGCGUUCAGCAUGCUGAAGCUGCUUUUGUGGAUAGUUCAUGUUCUCAUUGUGGGAACAUGACUAUUGCAGUGUUGAGAUCGAGACUCUCGUUCCUUGGCUCUCAGGGAGCAGGGGUCCCCUCCCCUAUGCCCCGUUCCGCCGUUUUCUCUGGCUUCGGCUGGGGUGACGGUGCGUCGGCGUGUAGGCAGGGUGAUCUGAGGAUCACGGUCAGGGCUUCCCCGCCGAGCGCCGCUCCGUCACUGCAGCCAGUGGUGCUGCCGUUGGAGCGUGCUGGUCCCUCUACGGAGUGGAUGCGGAUGACCGUAUGUCGAUCGCGGCAUCGGAAGGUGAGCAAGAGUCCUCAGGAGAUGAAGACUCGGCUGGCCCUCCGGGACAGUAGCGUUGCCCGAGGCCAAUCCUGAGUUGACGGCUAUGCUUUCCCGGGCUGCCGAGAAGGUCGGGCUCGUCUGGAAUCCUCCACCGUGUCCCGGCCUGUCUCUGCUUGAUGAUUGGUACCUCGGGGUGGCCCGCGCUGGUCCCCAGCGCCCCGCCCCGAUGCCUUUCUUCCUGGAGGUGCAUGAUGAGGUGACCAGGUCUUGGCGGACGCCCUAUAGCGUUCGCGCUAGACCUGGCCCCUCGUCCGCCUUUACCACCCUGGAUGGCGGAGAGGCUAGGGGAUACACGCGGAUUCCCCCGGUCGAGCGGUCUGUUGCGAUGCAGCUGUGUCCAACGGCCGCCGGCUGGCACGGUGAACCGCGUCUCCCAUCCCGGGCCUGUAAAUUCUCGUCAGAACUGACGGAGAAAGCUUACAGAGCCUGUGGACAGGCUGCCUCCGCCCUGCAUGCCAUGGCCCUUUUGCAAGUAUAUCAGGCAAAAACGUUGACGGAAAUGCCCCAGGGAGGUCUUGACCAGCAGCUGCUUGGGGAGCUGCGUGCCGCCACUGACUAAAGUAACGGCACGUUCUGUUGGUCAAGCGAUGGCCACGCUUGUGGUCCAGCAGCGCCACCUAUGGCUGACCCUGGCUGAUAUGUGGGAAACCGAUAAAUAUCGGUUCCUGGACUCCCCCGUAUCUCAGGUCGGCCUCUUCGGCGAUGCGGUAGAGAGCUUCGCCCAGCAGUUCUCUGUCGCCCAGAAGCAGGCUGAGGCUAUCAAACAUGUCCUGCCCUGGCGGUCCGCUGCUGCCUCCACCCCGCCGCCGGCCGCACAGCCUCAGCCCGCUUGUCGCCGAGGGCACCCGCCUGCGUCGUCCUUAGCCCCUGCUAAGUCGGCGAAGCAGCAGCCUACACCCGCCAAACAGCAGGGAGCCGGUCGCAGACACGGCGCCCAGCCCGCUCAGGCCAAACCAGGUGGCAAGAGAUCGAGGAAGACGCGAUCCUGAGAUGGGCGACCAGGAGGGGAAGGUUUCUGCUCUUCAAGAGAGGAUUCCAGCAUCUCUCCCACCCCCGGAGGAGGGCCGGGGGGAAUUUGUGUCUCUGUCUGUCCUGCCGCUGGCUCUCCGGAGUCCAGCGGUACCCACUUCUACACAAAAAGAGCAGUUUCCCAAUCCUCCAGGUCACAAGAGGGCGCGGCUGUCAGUGUGCGAGGCCCCGCCUUGCCACUCGCAGCCCCCUCUCACUUCGCCAGCAGGUCCCAGUGUGAUGGUCGAGGCCGCCUCCCAGCCGUCUCCCAUACACACUGUCAUCUCGCAGAGUCUGACCCCACUUUGGGCCGCUAUGCCGUCCGAGUCGGGUCCCAGCACUCUGCUUCGCUGCCCCACCCCCGAUACGUCUGUGGUGCCUUUGGUCCCUGCUGGCUCGGUGUCUGGAAGCCUGGAUAGCGCUCCCCAGCCCGUCCCGCUGGCUCAUUCGCACUAUCAGACUCAGCUAUGCAAUUCAGUUCGCCCGGCGUCCCCCAGUGUUCAGGGGUGUCCACUACACUCAGGUGUCACUGGACAAUGCACCUGUUCUCCGCGCGGACAUUGCUGUCCUCCUGGCGAAGGAUGCAAUCGAGCCAGUCCCUCCAGCCGAUAUGAAGUCAGGGUUCUACAGACCCUACUUCAUUGUACCCAAUAAGGGUGGUGGGCUAUGGCCAAUCCUCGAUCUGCAUGUCCUGAAUCGGUUCCUUCACAGGCUGCUGUUCAAGAUGCUUAUGCAGAAACGCAUUUUCGAAUGCAUCUGUCCCCAGGAUUAGUUUGCAGCGAUCAACCUGGAGAAAGGAAAGUACGCAAGGAUGCGUACUUUCAUGUCUCGAUUCUGCCUCGUCACAGACCCUUUCUACGGUUUGCGUUCGAGGGUCGGGCAUAUCAGUACAAAGUCCUACCCUUCAGACUGGCCCUGUCGCCCCACAUCUUCACGAAGGUUGCGGAGGUGGCCAUUGUUCCGCUCAAGGAACAGGGCGUUCGCAUUCUCAACUACCUCGGCGACUGGCUCAUCCUGGCCAGCUCGCGAGAGCAGUUGUGCGAACACAGGGACAUGGUGUUAGCUCACCUCAGCCGGUUGGGUCUUCGGGUCAACUGGGACAAAAGCAAACUCGCCCCCAUGCAGAGGAUCUCUUAUCUCGGUAUGGAACUGGACUCGGUCGCCCAGACAGCGCGCCUCACAGAGGAGCGCGUCCAGUCAGUGUUGAACUGCCUGAGUACGCUCAAGCGCAGGACAGCGGCCCCACUGAAACUCUUUCAGAGGCUCCUGGGGCAUAUGGCAUCCGCAGCCGCAGUCACGCCGCUCGGAUUGCUUCAUACAAGGCCGCUUCAACACUGGCUCCACGGCCGGGUCCCGAGAUGGCCCCGUGACACCGAACUGCCGUCGCACUCUCACCAAGUGGUCGGACCCUUCGUUCCUGCGGGCUGGAGUUCCCCUCGAACAAGUGUCCAGGCAUGCUGUGGUCCACACAGAUGCCUCUGCCACGGGGUGGGGGGCCACGUACAACAGGCAUGCAGUGUCGGGUCUGUGGACGGGGCCUCAACUGCAGUGGCAUAUCAAUUGCCUCGAGUUGCUAGCAGUAUAUCUUGCACUGGGCCGCUUCCAGGAGCUGUUGACAGACAAGCAUGUACUGAUCUGCUCGGACAGCACUGCGGCCGUUGCGUACAUCAACCAUCAGGGUGGUCUACGCCCUGCCAGUGGUUCUAUUCCCAGUGGUUCUCAGACCUCACGCUCCUCACGACAGCACCUCCCUGGCCCAUUCCUCUGAGGAAGGACCUCCUGACUCAGAGACGGGGCACCCUCUGGCACCCGCGUCCCGACCCGUGGUUCUGAGUGAUCUCCCGCAAGCGGUCGCAGACACUAUCACUUCCGCUAGAACUCCUUCUACGAGGAACCUCUAUGCGUUGAAGUGGAACCUGUUCGUCGAAUGGUGCUCCUCUCACUGAGAGGACCCCAGAUCAUGUUCGGUCAGAUCUGUGCUCUCCUUCCUGCAAGAGGGCCUGGAGCGAAGGCUGUCUCCCUCCACCCUCAAGGUGUAUGUUGCCGCUAUUGCCGCACAUCACUAUGCAGUUGAUGGUAAAUCGCUGGGGAAGCACGAUCUGAUCGUCAGGUUCCUAAAGGGGGCGAGGAGACUAAAUCCGCCUCGCCCUCCCUCUGUACCCUCUUGGGAUCUCACCCUGGUACUUACAUCUCUCCGGGGUCAUCCCUUCGAGCCUUUGCAAUCAGUCGAGUUAAAAGUACUGUCCCUUAAGACCAUCCUCCUGGUUGCAUUAGCCUCGCUCAAGAGGGUAGGGGACCUGCACGCAUUUUCGGUCGAUGAAUCGUGCCUGGAAUUCGGGCCCGGUGACUUUCACGUUAUACUGAGACCCCGGCCUGGAUAUGUGCCCAAGGUUCCUACCACUCCCUUCAGAGAUCAGGUAGUGAACCUGCAAACGCUGCCUUCGGAGGAGGCAGACCCAGCCCUAGCUUUGCUCUGUCCCGUCCGCGCUCUGCGCCUGUACGUGGACAGAACGCGACGUUUCAGGACCUCAGAUCAUCUCUUUGUCUGUUACGGAGGCCAGCAGGAGGGAAAGGCUGUCUCCAAGCAGAUGAUGGCCCACUGGAUAGUGGAUGCCAUCGCCCUGGCAUAUGAAUCCCAGGGCGCGCCUUUCCCGCUCGGGUUGAGAGCCCACUCCACCAGAGGAGUGGCCUCUUCCUGGGCACUGGGACACGGCGCCUCGCUGACAGAUAUCUGUAGAGCUGCGGGCUGGGCGACACCUAACACGUUCGCUAGAUUCUAUAGCCUUCGUGUAGAACCGGUAUCUUCCUGUGUACUCGCUUCCAGCAGCCGGUAGACGCGAAGAGCCCAUUCUAGUGUCGGCUUGCAAUGCCAUUCCCGCCCCCUGGGCCGGAUACGUGCAUCCUUUUACUCCAGUCGAGUUCCCCGCUUGGCGAACCCUGUCGAGUUCCUCCGCCUCCCCCUUCGGCUCGGACAUUGCGGAGUGUCUGAUGCCAGGCCAAACCUCCGUCACUGACGUUGAUGUUUGGCUGGGUGCCAUAUGUUGUGACCCCUCCACGUGAGUGGUCCCAUGUGUGUAUUGUUUACGGUCAACUCCCCACGGUGAGCCUGUGUCUUUCCCUUAGCAGAGCCACCUCUGCUGUCACCUGUCAGAUCACCUAUGCCAGGUGGAGCCAUCCUAGGGACUCCAUAUGCGUACUGCCCAUGGCCAGUCCAUAUGUGUAUUCUCCACGUAAAUUCCUCCCCUGCAGGGUAGGUAGUGGUCUCCGCAGCGUCCCCUAUGGGUUCGCUUCCCCAGUGUAGUCUAGUUUACUUAGUGGGUAUUUUGGAACAGCAGUAGACUCUCUUGGCGUAAGCUCACCCCCUUCCCCGUCCCAUUGGUGCGCCGGGUGGCUAGAGCUUGCGCUGGGCACUGGAAGGGGUUCAUAACUGUGGCGCUUUAUUUGGGAUCCCAAUUCGACGGUCACUACUGACGUACGCCAAACGUGACCGACUGAAAGGGAACGUCUCGGUUACGUAUGUAACCCUCAUUCCCUGAAGGAGGGAAUGGAGACGUACGUCCCGUCGCCACAGUUUCUCUACCCUCGCUGCAGUGCAGACUAGGUUGUCUCCUCAGCGAAAAACAGAGUGCGAUUGCAUCUGCUCCCCUAUUUAUACCACCUGGCGGGGGUGGUGCGCAUUAUGCAAAUAUCGCACGCCAACUCCAUUGGCUUGUUUUAGUUCACUCGAAGCUGAUAGGGCUCUCUAGCGAUAUCCCAAUUCGUCGGUCACUACUGACGUACGUCUCCGUUCCUUCCUUCAGGGAACGAGGGUUACAUACGUAACCAAGACGUUUUUUGCGGUUGACAGCGUGAAAUGUUGUUUGUUCACAUCGCAUUACUUACAUUCUACGGUAUGAAUUUUCAUCAAGGACAUUGUUAGAUUAACACUAAACUUAUUUUCAAGAAUUUGUUGAUAAUGACAGAUAGAAGUUUGAUUUCACGUCAAGCACAGGAGCCCUAGCACAAAUGCUGGAGAGUCCCUUCAAAUCCAGGUAUUUUGUUUUUGUACAGUAAAUGCAUUGUUAAUGUGAGGAUAUUUUAGGUGACAUUUUUUGGGCAAUAUAAUUUGCAAUCCAUGUGCUGGCUGUCUGUCUAUCUAUCUUAGGCCUUGACUGUUGUCAGUUGGCCUUUAAAUUUCUCAUGAUAUACUAACUUGCAGCUUACUACAUCAUCUCACUGUUUGAUAGAUAUUAGAAAUGAAUGUAUUUUGUUGAGAUCAAUACUUUGUUCUUCAAUUCUUUGUUCUUUGUAUCUUUGAUUUAAUCAGCAGUGGAGAUGAACAUUGAAGGGGACUCCCACAAUGGCUGAAAUCUUUGAGUACUAAUGCUGCUCGGAUAUGCUGGGUGUGGCUCGAUAAUGAGUUUGGAUAAGUAACAGAUGGAAAGACUGAGAAGUUGAAAGCUGAAGCUACCAUGGAAAGGAGUAAUUUUCUCUUUUAGAGGGGAUGGAAGACCAAGCAGAUGCUAUGUAAGUGUGAAGUCUUUACUUGCACAUCUCUUAUUUAAUUUAUUAUAACAAAUAUUCAUUAAUAUAUGACUUGACGUGAAAGAGGACAGAUGCAGGUAAUUGCACAUGUCGAUCUCUGACUGUUUAGGUUUCUUUAGUGCAAAUCUCCGGAGCUGCUGUAAAUAAUCACAAUGGUACACAAAGUCUUAAUGGAAAAAAAAAAAACCUCUUCACUCUUACCAACUUAUUUAACCUUAAAAACACAUGCAUUGAGUGUAAAAUGAGGAGGGUUUAGCCUUA